CCAAGGCAGGUGGCCCGGGGACUCUUCGUCCUGUGUCUGACGUGAAGAGAGGAGUGCUGGGUGACAGGGCAUCAGUGCUGGAUUACCUGUGAGGAGUUUACAGACAAUUUCAAAAAGAAAAACCCUAAUCCAGGACAGCCAUGGAUGAUGUAUAUAAAGCAGCGGUGGAGAACUUGACAGAAGAACAGAAAAAUGAGUUUCGCGCUGCGUUCGACAUCUUCGUGCAGGAUGCUGAGGAUGGCUGCAUCAGCACUAAGGAGUUGGGGAAAGUGAUGAGGAUGCUGGGCCAGAACCCCACUCAAGAAGAGCUGCAGGAAAUGGUAGAUGAAGUAGAUGAGGAUGGAAGCGGGACAGUGGACUUUGAUGAGUUCUUGGUGAUGAUGGUGCGCUGUAUGAAAGAGGAGAGCAAAGGAAAAUCAGAAGAGGAGCUGGCUGAGGUCUUCCGCAUGUUUGAUAAGAAUGGAGAUGGUUACAUUGAUUUAGAUGAGCUGAAGAACAUGCUGGAAUCGACAGGUGAGGCCAUCACUGAGGACGACAUUGAGGAGCUCAUGAAGGACGGAGACAAGAACAACGACGGCAAGAUCGAUUACGACGAGUUCUUGGACUUCAUGAAGGGUGUCGAGUAAAAAUCCCGUCUGACGGUCGGAUACAAAAGCCAUUCCCUGACCCAAAACAGUAUCUCUGACGUCACCACACGGACACUCAACUCGGAAGCAUGGAAAAUUAUCUAUAUUUCGUAUAUUUCAGAAACUUGUUGAAAUAGGUCAAUGGUGUCAUGUACCGCUGCCAAGAAUAGUAAUGUUAUUUGUGUUCAAGUAAAAAACAUUUUCUGUACACAAGCCGCACGUUUUGUUCAUUUCUUGCACAAAUCUUUUUAUCGUUUAAAAAUCAAUUAAACCAAGAACCAAUGAAAACAGA